AAUAUGCUAAUCGCACGAGUCGCAGGAACAGGGGAGACUAUUUUGCUGUCUGCUAUUGCUCUAUGUCAGUGCGUGCCAUGGACAUUGUCGGACGAUUAUUGAACGACUUUAUAUUCAGAUGGAGAAAAAUAUUACAAGACCAUUGAAAGGACACAAAAUGAUUUGAUGCCAUCAAGAAGAAGUGCACUUAGUCCUGUUGCAACCUUAGGAAAAUGGAGCAAGCUCUAAGUUCAGUGAUGAGAAAUAUUGUUGAUGCUCAACGUCUGGAUGAUGAGGAUCGUAACAAGGAAGCUUAUUUGAGAUACCUGGAAUGCAUCUUGGGCAUUGCCAGUAACUUACUACAAAGUAUCAGAGAUGCAGGUGGUUCGGUUUUGAUAACAAAAGAAAUUCAGAAGCAAGUGCGCCUGGCACAACAGUGUAUUGAAAGGGUUGCUGUUCUCAUGGACAAAAUUGGUUUAGGCCAGCCAGGAACAGUAAUGAUACCAUCUGAGGCACAAAUACCUGAUGAAGGAACACCAUUUAAAUCCAGGUCUUUUAUCAUUGUACCACCUUUGUCUCCAGAGCCAUCUGCAAACACUUUUUCUCGGGUGAGAAACAGAACGCCCAUGGAGAUUGCUUAUCAGAGAAACCAGCAGCUAAUGGCAGCAUACAGAGAACGCAUGACGAGAAUGAAUAAGCGAGAUCCUGGUGCAGCUAGCUUAAGUUUGACAUUGCAAAGAAAGAUGGCUGAAAAUUUAGCCAUAGCCAGGAAGCAGGAAAUGGCUCUAGCCAAAAAGAUGCAGGAAAGACAAGAAAGGCUUGAAGCAGAAGCAGCAAAGCGCUUCACAGCACCCAUUGGGAUGUCUGAAGAAGAGCAGGAACAGAGGCAUAUCUACAAGAAAAUACUAGAGUACGAACAAGAUGCAAAAUGGCUGCAAGAGUGGCGAACUAAAUUGGAAAGUAAUUCUCAAGAACCAGAGCUUAUUUGUCGACUUAUUCAAGAUAUUCUUCGAUGCACUGACCAUCCUCUCACUGUGAUGCUGAAAAUAUAUCGAGAGAAAAUAUACGAGAAAUUGUAUCCACUUGUUGCUAAUAAGAAGCAGAAACUUUCUGCCAUUAUAGUGCCUCUGCCAGAAUCCUUAUGGCCACCAGAGUUUUGCUACAGUGAUAAUUUUGUUGCCCAAAAGAACAUUGCAACAAGUGAAAUAAACCCACAGUUUAGUUUUGAAACCCCACUGUUUGAUGAUUUGAGUAUGAGCCUAGAAAAUGAAAGAAGAGAUGAAGAUGCUGAUCAGUCUGCUUCCGAUAAUGUUACAAAAGUCAAAGAUAUGACAGCUGCUUCAAAUGAUAGCACAGGUAUUGAACAUAUCUCGUCCAAGUCAUCUCUCGGGAGUGCAGCAGAUUUAGACAGAGAAACCAGGACCACCUUUGACAAGGAUGAGAUGAAAAAAGAAGUAGAUUUUGAUAUAUCAGAAAAUUCACAGGGUAUAGAUGGGGUUAAUAAAAGCACCCUUGACACAGACGCAGGAAAAGGUGACUCUCCAUGUCUGCCAUCAAAGGAAGAAGGAUGCAUUUCUUCUGAAACCGACUGUUUUACAAAAGAGUAUGGUUGCAAUAGCACGGAAAAGAACUUUGAGAGUGAGGGAAAAAAUCAUUUGCCUGCUGAUUCCAACAUAAACUGUGCCUGCGGAAAGGAUGCUAAAAGUGCCUUCAUAAAUACAGAGGCAGAAAUGAAAGAAGGACAUGUGAUAAAUUAUUCUUCUGAAAGUCUUGGUGAUGAUAGCAAAUCUUCCAGUAAUUGUAGAAUUAUGGAGAGUCAAAACAGGACUUCAGCAGUCCACAAACUGAAGAAUCCCUCUUAUCCCCAAAAUUACUUAGUUGAAGCUGUACAGGAAAACAAAAAAGAGCUGAGUGAUUCUAUGGCACAGAAUAAGAAGCUGUCUCAACAGCUUGCAUAUGAACAAGAGAGAAUGGCCAAGAUGCUGCACCAGGUGAGUCAAGACUAUGAAAAAUAUAAUGAAGAAAAUAUGGAUGACCUGUUUGAUGAUGGUGAAGAAAAUGAGUAUGAAGAUCAUGAGAAACAAAUGCUGGCCCAUUUGCCUGAAUCAGAUCAAAACACUGUCUCAGUUUCUCAAACAACUAUUGGUCCCAACAGUAUGGUCUUUAGGUCACUUUCUGGCAUGGUUCAAGAGUUUCCCAGCUUACCGAGUGUAGUUGAUGAUUCCUCAGAGAUAGAGACAUUAUCAAGCCAGGCAUAUGAAAGGCACUUGAAAAAUAUCUCAGCUGAUGUGCAUAUGUAUAUGGAGAAAAUGCUUGUACUUUUCACUAUUGCAUAUGAACAGUUGGAUUCUCCGCUGGGCAGGGACCAGUGUUAUGCAUCACUUGAAGAAAUGUUUUUCAAGCCAUUGUGGAAAUUUCUGCUUAUGCUUUUCAGACUGGUACAUUACAAAGAGGAGCUCACAGCUGCUUGCAAAAUGACUCAGAUGGUUGAUGCUACGCCACAACAACUAUGCGUGACACCUAACUGUCCAUAUAAAGCAGCUAUUGAGGAACUUCGUCGUAUCAGAGACCAUUACACCAUGCUUAGUAAACUGGAGUGUGUUGUCAAAGUUGUACGUCUAAUAUUUGAUUGCAUCAAAGACUUUUAUCAGAAUCAAGGGACCGAGGUGCCUAGCGUAGGAGCUGAUGACCUACUUCCUGUCAUGAGCUAUGUUGUAGUAAAGUCUCAGCUACCACAGUUGGUGUCAGAGUGUCGUGCACUGUCGGAAUUCAUCCAUGAGGGGUACUUAAUGGGACAAGAAGGCUACUGUUUGACCACUGUAGAGACAGCUGUAUCAUAUAUAGUUACUUCAGAUCUACCAAGAUUGUGUUCUCCUAAUUGAAAAAGAAAUGACUUGUAUCAUAAUUUACAUCACACUAACAUUAUGUAUCCUGGUUCUCCACACUUUUAAUAUGGUUCUUGCAUAUUGUGUGAAAUGUAUGCAUAUUUAAAAGAUUUGCAUAAUUAUGCCCAAUAAACAUGAAUUUAUUCUUUUUCACAACCACAGACAAGCAUGCUGAAAUGCAAAAGAAAGAGAAUUUAUUUUUAUUUGUACAGUAAUAGAAAUUGCCAUUAUGUAAUCUAGUCAUAGCGACAAAAUAAUUCUUUUGCUUUGAAGAUGCUAGUGCAAAUUAAAAUCAAAUGCAGUACAGUUUUUUUCACAUUAUGAAAUAUGAAUGUAACAGUUUUUAAACUUUUUUUCUCCUUAAAAGCCUUUGUUAAUUACUAUUGUUUUUCAUGAAGUUUCAUGAAGCCUGUGUUGGUUUAUGACAGUUUUCUGCUGUUGAGAGCAACCUCUGGGUGAAUGACAACUUUCACUUAUAUAUAAUUCAUGUAGGACGAAGUUAUACUGUCACCCAUUAUUUAUAGAGCUAUUUAAUGGACCAUCAAUUGCUUAUAUUAGUACAAAUUGAAGUUUAUAUAGUUUUUUUUUAACUUUAUAUUUUUAUGUUAUUGUACAAGGUAUUCGUAGCAGAUGCUAGCAUGACGUGUGUGUGUAUACACACACACACCCGGGCUGGUCUAAAGUUUGAAGAAUUUCUUCUUCAUGAAUUUAGUGUUGUUGUAUUUUUGUACAUUGAACCUCAAUAUUUAAUUAAGAAAUUCCCUGAAAUUCAUCCUCCAGGACAGAAAUCAUACUGUUGAAUGACUGAAAACAAAAAGCAUCUGGCAUCAGCAUAAUUGAGGUGCCAACUUUGUUUCCCAGCAAGAUUGUGACUUUCGUCUUCUUACAAGAAUCAAACACCCACUGAAGUAGAUCCUCUGGGACUGACAAUAUCAAAGCUCUUUUUCCCCAUUUUUGUUUUUGGGAGAUGAAGUGCAAGGAAAUUAGAUAUCAAGGUUCAGUGCACAAAAACUCUUAAGUAAAAUUCGGUAAACUUUUGGACCUUCCCAUAUGCUCCCAGUUUUUUUUAUCAUUGUGAGAUUAACUCUUAUUCCUCUGACAGUUACACGAUCAGUAAUGGUUGCAUUUUAUAUUUUCUUUUUUAAACAAGAUAUAUUUAGCGAUCUUUUACAGCAUUUACUCAGCUGUGUAUAACAGUAUUUUGUAAUUACAGAAGAACCAAUUUAAAUUUUUACUCAAUCCACAUGAGAGAAAAGAACAAGGUGGGAGAGAAUUUUAGAUUACUUGUGUACCGUGGACUAUUUGUUUUUCAAACGCAUGAAUGUGCAUAUACAUUCCAUACAUCAUGUAUGUGUGCUUUGCGUAUGCAUGCUGUCUCAGAAUAUUGCAAUACAUUUUUAGAGUAAUUAAAUGGUAUUGGGAAAAGUGA